AUGUAUCUCAGCUUGUUUACAUGCUUGCUCUGUCCGUCCGAUAUCAUCUUCUCCAGUGCUUUGCGCUUUGCGCUUUUCUUGCCACAAGUCCUUGACAAGGAGACUCUGCUGCACCUCAAAGCCAUCUACAGUCCCACAUUCUUGUCUCACCUUCCGGUGUCCGCAAGGGAGAGUCUUGUAGGUCAUAUGACCAUUGAAAACGGGUUCGGUUUGACUGAGGAGGAAUCCAAUCUGACCAAAGAUAUGAGUUCUUCAACCACCAUGCAUGUGAAGGACACAGAAGCAGAUGACCUCCUCACAUUCCCCUCCGCAUUUCAGCCUCGCCACCAGUUAUCUACUAGCUCUUCAUGCUUGAACCUGCAGCUCAAUGAUGGCAACGAGGAGGAGGAGGAGGAGGAAGGCACCAACAGUUUAGAACUUGAGAAUAGCACCUUCUGGAAGUUUGUUGAUGUCAUUGUGGUCAAGUUGCACGAAGACUGUUGUCAGUGUGCCGGCAAUGAUGACAACAGUUACAAGAGGGAGCUUCAGCAGGCAUUCUUUAACAUCUACUACCUCAACCUCACUGAAUACCUGGAUGUAGAACUCUUCUUCCAGAAUCAGAACGCCUGUGCCCUUGACAGCCGCCUGAUGAUCAUCAACAAGAGCCUUGCCUCCUAG